AUCUCUAACACGAGCAUGGAUGAGGCAGCAGUGGAGCCGACCCUGGUGCAAACGCUCGCUAUGAGCGCCGUUAAAGGCCGAUAUCUGACUCUGUCUCCCUCCUUCCAGCGAUGCUCGCUCGCUUCAUGGAUUAAAGAAAACAUCAAGAAGAAAGAGUGCUGCUUCUAUGUGGAGGAUGGCAGGAUUACUGUUGACCGGGAGGGGAUUGGUAAGUGGUGGUACCAAAGAUCCCGCACCUGCGAUGAGGCCAUCAAACCGGAGGAACUAAUGUGGGACGCAGUGGGACGACACCACACAGAACAUGUCAGAGAGGUGCCCACCGAUGCCUGUGGAUAUAUCAACUUUGGCGGACUUGGACAGACAAAUGGGAAGUAUGUUCGGGUUGUCGUCGGGAACAUUUCCAGUGAGAGUCUGUACCAGCUGAUGACCCGAACACUGGAAAACUGCCGUUCGCCGAAUCUGCUGAUAGCAGUGACCGGCGGAGCCAGAAAACUUUACAUGAAGCCUCACCUGAAGGACAAGUUCCGGCGGGGCAUCAUCAAAGGUGCGUGGAUCCUGACAGGAGGGACACACGCGGGGUGAUGAAGAACUUGUGGGUAUGGCCGUGCGAGGAAUGAAACGCUCAGCAGCGGUUUGAUGGAGGGACAGAUCGUCGUCAUCGGUGUGGCACACUGGGGAGUCAUACACAACCGGACCACACUCGUGCAUCCUGGAGGGUUGUUUCGGCGUACUACGCUCUGGGAGCAGGGUCAGGGCCGUCUCUCUGCCUCAGAUAUCCCCAUAAACACUCACUUCCUGCUGGUUGGAAUUGCACUCACCGGAAAUGAUGGAGUUGAGAUUGAGCUGCGGGCCCGUCUUGAUUCAUUUUGUGGUGUGUUUUGUCUUUCCAAUCAGGAGAGUGAAUUGACAAUACCAUUGGUACUGGUGUUAUUGGACGGCGGUCCAGGACCAACUAAAACACCAUCUACCAUGGCUGAGGCUGUAAACACAACGCCGUGUGUGGUCCUGGAGGGCUCUGGACGCCUGGCGGACGUCAUCGCUCAGGGGGCGGCUCUGCCCCUGUCAAAGGUCACCCUGGGUUCUUAUCAGCCAGCUUCAUGAAUAGGUUUUUUGGACACGAGUACCAAAUCUUUCACUGAGGUGCAGGUCAUUGAGUGGACUAAGAAGAUCCAGGACAUCAUCCGAAUGCCUCAUUUCCUCACUGUGUUUCUUGACGAGGAAAAAAACUAUGAUGUUGACGUUGGCAUUCUACAGGCUUUGCUGAAAGCCUCCAGAAGUGACGAGCAUGCGGGCCGACAGUCGUGGGAGAGACAGCUGGAGCUCGCCGUGGCCUGGAACCGAGUGGACAUCGCCGAGAGCGAGAUCUUCACCGAGGAGAGCCAGUGGACGUCCUGUGAUCUGCAUCCGAUGUUUUUUUCUGCGCUGUGGGAGGACAAACCCGAGUUGUGCGGCUCCCUUCUGGAGAAUUGAGUGUGUGGGGGGAAGUUUCUGGAGCAGGAAGACAAACUCACAGAGCUUUACGCCCACCUUCCCGCCUGCUUCUUCCUGCGCAAACUCGCCAAAAGAGUCCAGGGUGGAAAAAUCCACAGGGGUCAAGAGCCCGCACCUGGAAGCUGCAAAGAUCUCCUUGAGCACGUGGCUGAAGAAGUGCGCCACCUGCUGGGAGCUUUCACACAACCGUUAUAACGGCUGUCACGCCACAAGAUUACCGGAGAUGGAUCCUUUCAUUCUAGUUUGACUGUUUCCAGAAGAGUCGGAGUGAUUUCUUCAUUGUUUCUGGUCGUCUCUCAGGUGCCGUCCAAGGGUCUGGUGGAUCUGCCGUGUUUAGGUGAAGAGUGGACCCCAUACACGGUUUGGGACCCCGGGGAUCUGUUCCUCUGGGCCGUCGUGCAGAAUAACACAGAACUGGCAGAGAUCGGCUGGGAGCAGUGCAGAGACUGUAUCGCAGCCGCUCUGGCAGCCUGUAAGAUCUUGAGGAAGCUGGCGCAGGAGAGCGGAGAGGACGACAGCGAAGAGGCAAAGGAAAUGAGAGAACUGGCCAGUCACUACGAGAAACAAGCCAUCGGUGUGUUCAGUGAGUGUCACAGCUGGGAUGCGCAGCGGGCGCAGAAGCUGCUGAUCCGCGUCUCUCCGUCGUGGGGCAGAAGCACCUGUCUGUGGCUCGCACUCGAGGCCGACGCUAAGAGCUUCAUCGCUCACUCAGGAGUCCAAGCUCUGCUGACUCAGAUCUGGUGUGGAGAGCUGUCUGUGGAUAAUCCACACUGGAAAGUGCUACUCUGCAUGAUCUUCUUUCCUCUCAUAUACACCGGCUUCCUGAUCUUCAGACGAGAUGAAGACAUCCAGAGACAGGCCGAGAGGACGGAGCAGCAGAAACUGGCCAUGGAUGCAGUCUUUUCUGGAAGCUCAGAUGCCAAAGCCAAACGGCAUUACCGCGGCUCCUCGCAGAAGCCUGAGCUGGAACCUCUGAACUGUUCGUCUCGUCUGAUGAGUCUGUUCACGUCACCUCAAGUCAAGUUUUACUGGAAUAUCGCCUCCUAUUUUGGCUUCCUGUGGCUGUUUGCCGUGGUGCUCAUGAUCGAUUUCCAGGCCUAUCCGUCGUGGAGGGAACUUCUGCUGUACGUGUGGCUCACCUCGCUGGUGUGUGAGGAGUUUAGACAGUUGUAUCAUGACUUUGACGGCUCUGGUUUCCGGAGGAAAGCGAAGAUGUACAUCAGUGAUCUGUGGAACAUUCUGGAUGUGCUGUCAAUCAUGCUGUUCAUUGUUGGUCUGGUCUGCAGACUGCAGGCCUCCGGUACUGUGUUCUACGUGGGUAAAGUUGUUCUCUGCAUCGACUUCAUCAUAUUCAGUCUCCGAUUAAUGGCCAUCUUCACUAUCAGCCGAACCCUGGGCCCCAAGAUAAUCAUCGUCAGGAGAAUGGUGGGUUUGUUCUUCUUCAUGUUUCUGCUCAGUAUCUGGGUGGUGGCGUAUGGCGUGGCCAAGCAGGGCAUUUUGAUUCACAAUGAAGAGAGACUGAACUGGAUCAUCCGCGGAGCCGUCUAUGAGCCCUACCUCAUCAUAUUCGGCAACGUCCCCACUAAUAUAGACAACACUCAGUUUGAUAUGGCCAGCUGUAGUGUGAACGGCUCCGAUCCUCUGAAGCCCAAAUGUCCCAUGCUGAACGAUGAGAACAUGCCGGCCUUCCCAGAAUGGCUGACCAUCAUCAUGCUGUGCGUCUAUCUGCUGUUCGCCAACAUCCUGCUGCUCAACCUCCUCAUCGCCAUCUUCAACUACACGUUCCAGGAGGUCCAAGACAACACAGACACUAUCUGGAAGUUCCAGCGCUACGAGCUGAUUAAGGAGUACCACAGUCGACCCGCUCUUCCUCCACCCUUCAUCCUCCUCAGUCACCUCAUCCUCUUCAUCAGAGCAGUGCUGCUGCGCUACCCUCCACAGAGACACAAAACCUUCAGACAGGAACUGGAGCAGACUGAGGAAGAGGAGCUGUUGUCAUGGGAGGCCUACAUGAAGGACAACUAUCUGGCAUCGACACGACAGGACGAGAGCCAGAGCGUGGAGCAUCGUAUCCAGGACACCGCGGAGAAGGUUGGUGUGAUGUCAGAACUUCUGGAGCGCGAGUCGGAGAUGGUUUCUGCCACCAUGGCAAAACGACUGUCCAAGCUUGAAGACCAGGUCUCGGAGUCCACCAAAGCUUUACGAUGGAUUAUAGAUGCACUGAAAUCUCAGGGAUGCAAAUCCAAAAUGCAGCCGCCACUAAUGAAAGGUAGAAGCUCUGACAGAGAUGACGGUGAAUCCAGUGGACAGGAGACAGAUGAAGAAGCGGCUCCUCACACGUUUGCACGUCAGCUUCAGUAUCCCAGCAGUACAGUCAAACGCUUCCCCGUGCCUGAGGAGAAGGUGCCCUGGGAGGUAAACUUCACUCCAUAUCUUCCCCCAGUUUACAAUGAACAGGACAGCAGCGACUCUGACACUUUCAGUUCUUGGACAAAGCACAGGAAUCCAGGAGGAAGGACUGGGAUUCGGGGAAAAGGGGCUCUGAAAUCCCUCGGUCCGAAUCACAUUCUCCACCCAGUCCUCACCAGGUGGCGUGAUGCUGAACACAAGGUGCUGGAGUUUCUCGCAGUUUGGGAUGAAGCAGAGAAACACUGGGCUCUUCCUGGGUGCUCAUCUAAACCCGAUGAGCCUCUAGCACAGACACUGGAGAAGAUUCUGGGUAAAAAGUUACAUGACAAGACCAAGUCUAAACUAGAGGCUGGAGAAGAGGUGUAUAAGGGUUAUGUAGAUGACAGCAGGAACACUGAUAAUGCCUGGAUAGAGACCACCAUCGUCACACUUCACUGUGACAAACACACUCCGCUCAUGGCAGAUCUGAACCGCAUUGUUGAGAGCUCGCCCCCUUCAUCACCAUACAGACCGCGCUCCAGUGGGCGGGAAUUGAGCAGCACUGCGUGUGUUUUUGUCCGAUUCUCGCUCACGUUCAUGCGAUUUCUGUACAAUCCAUAA